AUGAAGAAAUGUUGUUUUAAAAAUUUUUAAUUAAUUAAUUAAUAAUAAUAUCAAUAAAAAAGUACAUUGAAGCAAUAAAAAUAAAAGAUUCUAAUCAAAUUGACUAUUGAAAAUAAAAAAUUCAUGAAAAGUAGAAUAAAUUUGAAGCUCCUUCUAAUAUUAAUAGGGAUAGCGCUUUCUCUAGCAAAAGAUGGUAUGUCACAUAGCCAUGGAAACUAAAAAAGAUAAAACUAUAAAUAAAUAAAUCAUAAAAGUAAUAAUUAAGCAAGCGGAGAUUAGCCAAGUGAGAAAACAUCUUAUACACCAACAGAAUUAUUAAAAGAGUAGUAUGAAGUUAGAAAUAAAUUUAAAAAAAUUUGUGGUGAUUUCGAUUUAGCUGAUGAUUAAUAAUGGCCAGUUUCAGAAAUAGAUGCAUCUUAAAUAGCACAAUAGAUGUUUGCAUUUAAUCUUAAAGAUCCUAGGGAUAUAUAUGAUAUAAUUGUUAACUAAAAGGAGAUUGACACUAUUUAUUGGACCUAAAUUAUAGCUAAGCUUUAACCAUGGAUUAUUAUGAUUUUGGUUUGUUUAAUUGGAUAGUGUAUAUGCUGCUGUUAAAUAUUUUGCAUUCCUGAGCUUAAGAUAUUUCGUCGUUGUUGCCAAAUAGAUUUUAACAAAGAAACAGAGAGUAAUUGGGAGAAGAAUAUUUAUUUUUUUUUGAUAGUUAUUUUUGGAGGUUUGAUAUUCUUUAUUGGAGGUUGCAUAUUUAUGUCCUCAGAUUUUGAUAUAAGUUAAAACCAAUUUUAAUGUACUGUUCUAUGGUCUUAAAAAGUUCUCCUUGGAGUUGAUAAAUAAAAUUAAACUGCAUUUUAUGAUGUAUCUGACUACGAUGAAGAUAGAAUCAAUAAUUAUUAAAAUGUUUAGAAAUUAAGCUUUUAAGAUGAUGGAGAAUAAGAUAACUUUAAUAAUAAUAGUACUUGGGUUGCUAAUUACGGUGGAGUAGAUGUAAUCAAGCAUUAAUUUUAGCAAUUGAGUGAAUUCUUUAAAACAAUUUAAGAUAAAGAGAGUGCAUAACAGAUAAAAGAAAUAUAAGUCACUCCAUUUUAUGAUGAAUACAACAGCGUGCAAUCUAUGAUUCCUCAAUUAUAUGAAAAGCAUAAAGGUAAGCAAUUAGUGAAUCCUAAUUCAAUAGAUCAAGUUAGCUAUAUGAAUAAUUAAUUUAUUGAGCAGAUAGGACCUCUAUAGACAAUAGGAACAAUAGGAUGGUUGCUAUCUAAUGAAAUAAAAUCAAGAAAAUUUAAAAUAGAUUUUAUAAGUGAAGUAUAAAAACAUUCUAAUCAUUUAGAAGAAGUUAGGGAAGAAAUAUCAUCUCAGGCAUUAGAUGCAAAAAAUGAGAUUGAUAAUAUAACUUAUUUGGCAAAUGUUUAUUUAAAAAAAGUAGAUUAUCUUAUAGAUUAGUAUAAACCUUUUGUCACAUAAGGAGUUGAUUAUAUUGAAAAAUACUUUGAAGUUGUCAUGUUUAUGGUUUUUUGUGGUUUAGUUGGUUUUAUUUUUGUUGCUUGGCCAAAAUUUAAUAGUUGUGCUAUUUUACUUCACUUUAGUUGGUACUGCAGUACUUGUGUUCUUAUAGUUGGACUCGCAUUGUGCUUAAUAAUGUUCUCAAUAGGCCUUAUUUUAAAUAAUGGCGUUUGUAAAGCAAGUGAAGAUUUUUUAACUAAUCCAAACUUUUUCAAAGUAGAACAUAUAGAUGUAUCUUAACAAUUAAAAAAUAGUGUAAACUACUGUGUGUUUCACAAUAAUAAAAACUAUUUUGAAGUCUAAAAGUACUUAUAAGAAGUUGAAGUUCUAGAAAAAGCACUUGAUGCAUUUUUGAAUUUGAAUUUAAGUAAGCAGUCCCUUAACAGCAAAAUUAAUUAUGUUCAAAAUGUUUUAGAUAAUGAAAAAAAUGCAUCUCCUGUUGCAGCUAGUGAAGCUAAUAAAAAUUUAAAUGAUUGGACUGAUUUUUCCAUUAAAAGCUCUUUGUAAUUAUCUGAAGGGUAAUGUAGUAUUAGCAGAGAUUAGUGGGUUUGGUAAGAUAGUGAGUGUCCAUAUUCUACUAUAAUUGAUUCUAAGCAGCCAGAUUUUGAUCUUGGAUUUACAGUUUGUUUAAGGAUAUUAAAAACAAAUCCAGAUUUUGUAAAGCAAAGAUAUAAUGAUCAAUUUUAACAUUGCAAGGCAAGUAUAGAGUAAGAAAUCAUCAAAAGAUUCAAUGCAAUAUAAAAUUACAGAAAUUCUGUGAAAGAUGUUUUUAGUGGAGUUUUAAAUGAUCUAAAUGAUUAUAAUACUCAAGUUGACAAAUUAGAUAUUGAUAUUGAUAAAAUAUCAGCAAAGCUUAAAAAUUUUAACAAAGAGUUUGAUUAAAUUUUUGAAGUAGUAACAUCAGUGAAUGGUGGAUUAUAAUAAACUUUAGACUGCACAUUUGUAAAAGACACAAUUAUUAGAGCAAAAAACUCUGUUUGCAUAACUGGACUUAAUGGAGUCUUUUUAUACACUGUAUUCUUUUUAGCCUCUUCUGUCUUUUUAGUUUUUUUCAGCUUGUUUGUAUGCAUAUCAGCUGCUAGAAUCCUACCUAAUAAAGAUGAAGAAAUACAAAAACAAAUGAUGCUUUCUACUUUAAAUUAAAAUUCUUCUUUUGUUAUGAAUACAUAAAGAGCUUAAUAUAACCCUAACGAAUCAAGUUACAUUUACAGAAAGGAAUAAAAAAAGGAAUAAAACUCACCCAAUAACUCAUAUGAGCUUGGAAUUCAAUAUAAAUCGAAUAAAAAUAUUAAUGCUAAUAAUAAUGUAAUAUCUUCAGAUUAAGAAAAUCAACACUAAUCAAAUCAGUAAAUAAAUUAACAACAUCUUAAAGAAUCUGAUAACUCUUUUAUGAAAAAGACUAAAAACUAACUGAGAGAUAUAAACGAAAAUGAGAACGAUAGUGAUAGUUAUCAUUCUGCCUAGAAUCACUUUUGA